GGGGAAGACGCCAAGGCCGCAAUGGCGGCCGCUGGAGACGGUAAGCUUAAAACUCGUGAAUUGCUUGACCGGAGCGCGUGAUAGAAAAGCCGGACUUUUUGGCAACAAUAGAACGACGAAGACGAGGUACGAUACGACGACCUCGCUCCGGGAAGGAGAUUACGACAGAACCCAAAAAACGAAAUAAAAGGCUGAAGAACCCGGAGAGACGGUGUGGACACGUCUUGAAAUCCGUGAAUCUGAGCUCCCAGGAUCGAGAAUUCUCGAUUUCAUUCCGGAUCGCAAUUUAUCUCCGGCGCUGCAAAUUCUUGUCAUUCGUUAUUUAUUUAUUUUGCAAAAUUCGGCUUCUAAAGUUUAGCGAGAUUGUGGUGCUGUGUUGCUUUGUCAUGUAACCUUGGAUGCAUUUCCAUGGAAGAGGAGGAGGAUAGAGCCCUGCUGACUAGUUUGGGUAUCACUUCAGCGAAUCCUGAUGAUAUUGAACGUGACGUAUUAGCAGAGGCUGAAAACAAUUCUGGGAACACCAAUGACGUAGGAGGGAACGUGAAAGAGGAGGCUUUUGGUGUUGUGGAUGGUGUUGAUUCAUCAUCUUCCCACCAUUUGAAGCUGUACAAUAAAUUGAAGGCCGUAGAAUUCGAAAUAAAUGCUGUCGCAUCCACUGUGGAUCAUGGUGAAGACAAUGCUGAGGAUGGAAAUAAUAAUACGGACCAAGGAGAUGGAGAGGAUGAUAAAAGUGGCAUUCAGGCUUCUCCUAAUGGUUUAUCCCUUCACCAUGCCCUUGCUGCUGAUCGACUAAGAAGCCUUAAGCACACUAAAGCUCAACUUGAGAAAGAACUUUCAGAUUUUUGUAAUGGUGAUACUUCCAAGGGUAUCAAACCUGAAAAAUUGUUACAAAGUAUAGUGAGGGAAGAACGUAGGCCGAAGAGAAAGUCAAAAGAAGUUCAGAAACAAGGGAAUAAUCAGGAAAAACGACAUAAACGAGUUUCAUAUGACGUUGAUAUUGACUUUGGUGUGGUGUUGGGAGCUGCUUCUGCUGGGUUUGUUGAAACAGAAAGGGAUGAAUUGAUUCGUAAAGGAAUUUUAACUCCGUUUCAUAAGCUCAAGGGCUUUGAGCGUCGUCUUCAACAACCAGAACCAGGACCAUCUAAUGGGUACAAUGUCACCAAGGAAGACAAUGAGAGUGACGAUGUUGCUUCUGAUAUUAUCGAUAGGACUGUUCAGUCAAUGGCAGAUGCUGCAUUGGCACGGCCCGCAACUAAGUUGCUGGAUCCAAAAGCUCUGCCAAAGCAAGAUGCACCAACUUUUCCUUUUCACAGACUAAAGACCCCGUUGAAAAUUCCCGAAAGUGAGGUGCAGAAAAGCAAAGGUUCAAAAGGAAAAGAGAGACGGCCUUUGCCUGACAAGAAAUGGAGAAAGCGAAUUUCUCAGGAGGAAAGCUAUUUGGAAGAAAUUGAAGGUGCAAUAGACAACUUGGCAACUUCCAGUUGUGAAGAAGAAAAGCAAGAGGCUGGUGAAGAUGCAGAUGAAGAGGAAACUAAUUUUGUAACUCUUGAAGGCGGCUUAAAAAUCCCAGAGACCAUUUUUGGUAGACUUUUUGACUAUCAAAAGGUGGGAGUGCAGUGGUUGUGGGAACUACAUUGCCAAAAAGCAGGUGGAAUAAUUGGAGAUGAGAUGGGUCUUGGUAAAACUAUCCAGGUUAUAUCUUUUCUUGGAGCAUUACAUUUCAGUAAUAUGUACAAACCAAGCAUUGUUGUCUGUCCUGUUACACUCUUAAGACAAUGGAGAAGGGAAGCUCGCAAGUGGUACCCAGACUUUCAUGUGGAGAUAUUGCAUGAUUCUGCUCAGGAACCAUCCUAUAAGAAGAAACUUGCCAAAGCUUAUGAAAGUGACGCUUCAGUCGACAGUGAUUUUGAAGGAAAUGUGUCUUUGAAAAACACUAAAAGAUGGGAUUCCUUGGUAAAUCGAGUUUUAAAAUUAAAAUCUGGAUUGCUUAUUACUACAUAUGAGCAACUCCGGCUACUGGGGGAGAAAAUGCGUGACAUUGAAUGGGGUUAUGCUGUGUUGGAUGAAGGACACCGGAUUCGAAAUCCAAAUGCUGAAAUUACUCUGGUUUGCAAACAGCUACAGACUGUCCACCGUAUAAUAAUGACUGGUGCACCAAUUCAAAACAAGCUAAGUGAACUGUGGUCUUUGUUUGAUUUUGUCUUCCCUGGAAAAUUGGGAGUCUUGCCUGUAUUUGAGGCAGAGUUUGCUGUUCCCAUUUCUGUUGGUGGUUAUGCCAAUGCUUCGCCUCUACAAGUAUCUACAGCUUACAGGUGUGCUGUGGUCCUACGUGACUUGAUCAUGCCUUAUUUACUCCGGCGUAUGAAGGCUGAUGUUAGUGCCUACCUGCCCAAAAAAACUGAGCAUGUCCUCUUCUGCAGCCUCACUCCAGAGCAACGAUCUGUGUACAGAGCGUUUCUUGCUAGCUCUGACGUGGAACAGAUACUAGGUGGAAAUAAAAACUCCCUCUAUGGAAUAGAUGUAAUGCGUAAGAUAUGCAACCACCCUGAUUUGCUUGAGAGAGAACAUUCAUGCCACAAUCCAGACUAUGGGAAUCCUGAACGUAGUGGCAAAAUGAAAGUGGUUGCUCAAGUGCUUAAGGUUUGGAAGGAGCAGGGUCAUCGUGUGCUGCUUUUUUCACAAACUCAACAGAUGCUUGAUAUUCUUGAGAAUUUUUUGAUCGCUUGUGGUUAUAACUACCGCAGAAUGGAUGGCCUUACUUCUGUAAAACAGAGAAUGCCCUUAAUAGAUGAAUUCAAUAACUCAGAUGAAGUGUAUGUUUUCCUUUUAACCACAAAGGUUGGUGGUUUAGGUACCAAUCUAACCGGUGCGAACAGGGUGAUCAUUUACGAUCCUGAUUGGAACCCAUCAAAUGACAUGCAGGCAAGGGAGCGUGCUUGGCGUAUAGGUCAGAAAAGGGAUGUUACUGUAUAUAGGUUGAUUACUCGCGGAACUAUUGAGGAGAAGGUUUACCAUCGCCAGAUUUAUAAGCAUUUUCUCACGAAUAAGAUUUUGAAGAACCCGCAGCAGAGAAGGUUCUUUAAAUCUCGGGAUAUGAAGGAUCUUUUCACUUUGAACGAUGAUGGAGAGAAUGGAUCAACUGAAACAUCUAAUAUUUUUGGUCAGUUGUCUCAAGAAGUUAAUGUGGUUGGGGCUCAGACGGAGAAAUAUGAAAAGAAGAAACGUGGCAAAGCUGCUGCACAUCAUACUGAUUCUGCUGCAGGUGAGAAUGGGACCAACACAGAGACUGGAACCUCCAGGAGGAAAGGCGAGGAAAGGGCUGAGCGCAGUGAUGGUGAAAGAGAUGAAGAAACAAAUAUUUUGCGGAGCCUUUUUGAUGCCCAGGGCAUACAUAGUGCGAUGAACCAUGAUGUCAUUAUAAAUGCUCACGAAGAAGAAAAAAUGAGGCUUGAGGAGGAAGCUUCUCAAGUUGCACAAAGAGCAGCAGAAGCACUACGCCUUUCACGAAUGCUUCGUAGUCGUGACAGUAUAUCAGUCCCAACAUGGACUGGGAAAUCAGGAACAGCUGGUGCACCAUCUUCAGUUCGCCGAAAAUUUGGUUCAUCGGUGAACUCUCAGUCGAUCAAGUCAUCGUCAAUAGCAUCUGUUGAUAAGACAAGCAAUUCAAAAAGCUUUGCGGCUGGAGCAUCCGCUGGGAAGGCAUUGUCCUCGGCUGAACUACUGGCUAGAAUCCGAGGAAACGAGGAGAGAGCUGUUGGUGCUGCAAUAGAGCAUCAGUUUGGCUUGGCUUCAAGUCCUCCUCACAGAGCAAGAUCUUUAGAUUCUGGGACUUCUGCUUCAUCUCACAAUUCAACUAGUGUGCAGCCUGAAGUGUUGAUUCGUCAGAUCUGUACAUUCAUACAACAAAGAGGAGGAAGCACAGAUUCUGCCAGCAUAGUGCAGCACUUCAAGGACAGAAUACCCUCCAAAGAUUUGCCCUUAUUUAAGAAUCUUUUGAAGGAACUUGCUACACUGGAGAAAGACCCAAAUGGAUCGCGAUGGGUUCUAAAGCCAGAGUAUCUACAGCAGUAAUCAACUAAUCAUGUGACCUUAGGUGGCACUCAGCAAAUUUCCAAAAGAAUUGACAAUAGGUCUUCACCACUGGUCACAACCUGGCAAGUCAGCCGCCGUGUUCUUUUGAGGAUCUCAAAUUUUGAUCAGGCAGCGUUUCUUUUUAAUUUGUUUUCAUUGGAGAAAUGUAACUAGAAAGCUCGUUAGCAGUUCACUGGAUACCGCUUUCUGGAUUGACACAGUACACAGUGAAUGCUCUUUUGCUGUACAGAUUGAGGUUAUAGACUUAUGCUCCUGGAGUAAACGUAGAAGAGAUGACAUUAAAUCAAUGUAGUUCCAGUCCUUGUCAAGGAAUUUCAAGUAGUUAAUCGUGAUCAGCUGAAGCAGAAAAUUUUUUUCUGCAGAAAGCUGACGAAUAGAAUUUUUUUUCCAAA